GUGGUUGGAGCUGUCCCUGCUGGCAUGGUAGGUGGCAUGGGUCAUCCAGGUGUUGUUGGUGGCAUGGGUGGUGUGGUACCUAACCCUGGAGCAGUUGCUGGAUUGAUUGGAGAACCUGUUUGUGGAGGUAUUUUCUCUAAUCUUGAUGGGAAGAUGACCAUGCAGAACCUCAACGAUCGCCUGGCCAGCUAUCUAGACAAAGUCCGAUGCCUGGAAGAGGAAAAUGCCGAACUUGAGUGCCGAAUCAGAGAAUUUUAUGCCAAGCAAGGCCCUCUGUCUGAACCAAAGGACUAUAGUCAUUACCACCAGCAAAUUGAAGAUCUUAAAAACCAGCUUAUUUGUGCAAGUGUGGAGAAUAACAAACUCCUUCUGUGCAUUGAUAACAGCAAACUGACUGCUGAUGAUUUCAGAUCCAAGUAUGAGACGGAAUGCUGCCUCCGUCAGAAUGUGGAGGCUGAUAUUAAUGGACUGCAUCAAAUCCUGGAUCAGCUGACUGCCUGCCGAUCUGACCUGGAUAUACAGUGUGAGAACCUGCAAGAUGAGCUAUGCUGCCUAAGGAAAAACCAUGAGGAGGAAGUUGCCUGCCUGAAGAACCAGGCCUCUGGAGAUGUCAGUGUGGAAGUGAAUGCCUGUCCUGGGCCAGAUCUGAAGAAAAUCCUGGAGGAGAUGAGAUGCAAAUAUGAAUCAAUGAUUGAAGGAAACCGCAAGGAAGUAGAAACAUGGUAUGAAUCCAAGAUUGAGGAGGUGAAUCGUGAUGUCUGCACCAGCAGUCAGGAGAUUGAAGAAAGCAACAACAAGGUCACUGAAUUAAGACGCCAACUACAAGCCCUGGAGAUUGAAUAUGAUGCCCAGUGCAGCCUGAGGGACACUCUAGAAGGUUCCCUGGGUGAAACUGAGCUUCGCUACAACAGCCAUUUGGCUGAGCUCCAGGAGCGCAUCUCCUGUCUGGAGCAGCAGUUGGCAGAAUUGCGGUCAGAAAUGGAAUGCCAGAACCACGACUACACAGAGCUCCUGGAUGUCAAAAGCCGCUUGGAGAAGGAGAUUGCCACCUACCGGGGCUUGCUGGAAGGGGGGCAACAUGACAUUGUGUGA